AUGAAUUCAUGGAAACUCGGGAGAAAUAUAGGUAGUUUAUCGAAUUAUCAUAGUGAUGGUAUCAUUGCCUCGUUCGGUUAUCCUUGUUCCACUAAUUAUGAUUGUACAUAUUAUGAAUCCAUUCUUCAACCUGGGUUGUACAAAUUCGAGGUCUGGGGAGCCCAAGGUGGUGGAUGUACUGCUGAUAAAGUCCAGUAUCCCUCUAAAGGAACUGGAGGGUAUUCUGUCGGAGUUUAUAAAAUAUCAGAACCGACAAAAGUCUACGUUUUUGUUGGUGCCAAAGGAGAAGAUGCUAGAUACCCUCCCCCUUCAUUAAUCCGUGGUGGAUUUAAUGGAGGUGGUGAUGUUACUCCUUACACUAGUGAUAAUGAUGAUGGCGGUGCUGGGGGUGGUUCUUCCGACAUCAGAGUAGGAGAUAAAGAAGUUGAUUACCGUGUAAUAGUUGCUGGUGGAGGUGGAGGUAAUGGCCUUGAUAUUUAUUUCUUUGAAUACAUCGAAACCGGAUAUGGAGGAGGAAUUGAAGGUGGCCGGCCAAAAGCAUAUCCAAGUCUUGUAGGAGACUCUGCCAACCAAACAUCUGGCUAUCAAAAAUUGAAUGGACAGCCAGGCGGACCUACACCAGAAGGAUCUUGUGCUGGUGCUGGUGGUGGGUACUAUGGAGGGUAUGCUCUGAAAGGAAACGAUGGAGGAAGUGCUGGAGGUUGUUCUGGAUAUAUAGGAAAGGUGUUUGAUUUUAAAGACAUCAUUGCCAAGACCAUUCCUGGCAACGAAUCAAUUAUAAACCCGAAUGGAACCACCUCAAUUGGCCGUUUUGGAGAUGGCUAUGCAAGAAUCACCCUCCUUGGAUACCUCCUCAUCAGGCAAUCACCUCUUUUGAAGUCAUAUGAUCCAAGUUCGACCGUUUCCUUCCUUUUUACUCUAAGUUCGUUAGCAGUCGGAGAAAAUGCCAGAAUUAACCGAACAAUAGAUAGCAACGAUCCUGUCACUAUUUGA